AUAGCUCUACGGUACCUCUUAUACGGAUAACGUUCUGCCUUGCCCUGCCGUGAUCGCAGAAUACUGGAGAUGGACUGGGUGAAAAGCUUGAAAGAAUACAAUGCUGCAAAGAAAAGGGAUUUAGUCGGUAAAACAGAAGGAGACAAAAAGGCAGAAGAAAUGGAGAUGUUCACAAAACUUUACACUGAAAUGAAAGGUCCAGAUAAAAAGCAAGACAAGACUCUGAGUGCCAUUCCCAGAUUUUAUUUUAAAUUACCAGGUGAAGACGAUGUACUGCUUCAAAAAUUAAGAGAGGAAUCAAGAGCCGUUUUUUUGCAAAGGAGGAGUAGAGAGCUACUAGAUAAUGAAGAGCUUCAGAAUUUGUGGUUUUUGCUUGACAAACACCAUACACCACCUGUAGUCGGUGAAGAUCAGAUGAUAAACUAUGAUGACUUUCUUAAAGUUGCUACAGAAGCAGGGGAAAAAUGCAAACCAUUCUUUACAGCAACCAUCUUUGCUAAGCUGCUUCAAAAUGACCCCUAUGGUAGAAUCUCAAUCAUGCACUUCUUCAACUAUGUAAUGCGUAAAGUGUGGCUUCAUCAAACUAGGAUUGGUCUAAGUCUCUAUGAUGUUGCUGGGCAAGGAUUUCUCAAGGAAGCUGAUCUUGAAAACUACAUUCUUGAGUUGAUACCAACCCUACCUCAACUUGAUGGAUUGGAGAAAUCUUUCUACUCAUUCUAUGUAUGUACAGCUGUCAGAAAAUUCUUCUUCUUUCUUGACCCAAUGAGGACAGGCAAGAUCCGUAUUCAAGAUAUCCUUGCUUGUAGCUUUUUGGAUGAUCUUCUUGAACUAAGAGACGAAGAGUUACCAAAAGAUGCCCAGGAAUCCAACUGGUUUUCAGCUCCUUCAGCACUUCGAGUGUAUGGUCAAUAUCUGAAUCUGGAUAAGGACCACAAUGGUAUGCUGAGUAAAGCAGAGUUAGCUAGGUAUGGAACAGGAACAUUGACAGAGGUCUUCCUUGAUAGAGUCUUCCAGGAAUGCCUUACAUAUGAUGGAGAAAUGGACUACAAGACAUACUUGGAUUUUGUUCUUGCAAUGGAGAAUAGGAAGGAGCCUCAAGCUCAGCAAUAUUUCUUCAGAUUACUGGAUGUACAGAGCAGGGCUUAUCUUAAUGUCUUCUCUCUCAAUUUCUUCUUCCGGGCAAUCCAAGAACAGAUGAGAUCACAUGGUCAGGAGCCUGUAUCGUUUGCUGAUGUUAAAGAUGAGAUAUUUGACAUGGUAAAACCAGCUGAUCCACUUCAUAUUACAUUACAAGAUCUCAUUAACAGCAAUCAUGGUGAGACAGUAAUCAGUAUCCUGAUAGAUCUAAAUGGAUUCUGGACUUAUGAAAACAGAGAGGUUCUCAUGGCUGAAAAUAAUUCACAAGAUGAUGAUCAUGAUAUCUGAACAGGACAUACAAUGUUUGUCUUAAAGAUGAACACUGAUAGAUCUGAAUGGAUUCUGGACUUAUGAAAACAGAGAUGUUCUCAUGGCUGAAAAUAAUUCACAAGAUGUAACUUCUGAAGGUUUCCAUGGCGAAGAAGAAUAGUGUAGUAGGUUUCACGGUACACCAUGUAUCUUUCUUGGGCAAGUGUUGGUCCUGAAAAGGAGAUUGGGUGGCCUUUUCAGGACAAACACUUGCCCAAGAAAGAUACAUGGUGUACCGUGAAACCUACUACGCUAAUUCACAAGAUGAUUAUCAUGAUAUCUGAAGAAGAUAUUUAAUGUUUGUGUUAAAGAUGGACACUGAUGGAAUUGAAUGGAUUUUUGUACUACGAGAAGAGGAUUAGAACUGCCCACCAUGUGAUGAAUUCUAUUUUCCGGCUCAAUCCACGUCCAUACCAAAAUUAAUUACACUUUAAGACAGCUUGUGUGGUGAGUUAUGGAAAUAUUGAGUUGACCAUCAUCAGUGUUGUGGGAAGAUUAGAUUUUCAAUCCAAAAUGUACCUCUAUACUGAUUUACGUCAGUUAUUAUUCAGCUGUUGAUAUUUUUACAAUGCUUCAUGGUCAAAGAUGUCGAUGGACAAAUUGAAAUAUUUGUCAGUUCUUGCCAUUCAGGGCACUUUAAACAUUGUAUCGUCUUUACUUUUAAGAAUGUGAUCACAGUACAGUCUGUAUGUAUCUUGAAUGAAGAAGGUGACUGUUCUUUCCCUUCCUAGAUGUACCUUCUUACAACUUUUUGACUUAAACAAAUGGAAUUGAAGCUUUUGAUAUAUAGUAUAAGCCUGUGUAUGUAUUACAUGUAGUUUAAUUUCUGAGCCCUUAAUAUUAAUAACUAAAGUUGUGGUCUUAUGCUGAGGGUGCACCUUUAUAUGCCAGAUCUAAAUCAUGAGUAAAUAUUUUUUAAAAAUGAAAUGAGUCAUGAAAAUAUCUGUUCUUGUCAACAUUGGAUUAUACAGCACCCAGAGAUUUCAAGUACAUGGCCUAACAUGUGCACUGGCCAGCAGGGACAAUGUCAGAGAUGCCAACCCUCCCGAUUUCAUCGG